AUGGCCAUCUCGAGAUCCUUCGUUACCCUCUACUUCUUCACACUCUUCUUCAAAUUCUUAAUUGCGAACCCAAACACUUCAUUUUCUCUCAACAACUUCGGCAAAAAUUCAACCUUUCACUCCUAUCUCGCUCUUUAUGGAGAUGCGAAGGUCGUUAAUGACGGUUCUUCUUUACAACUCACUGCUCCAUUACCUGCCAGUGCUGGUAGAGUGAUUUACAAAAAACCCAUCAAGAUUUACGGAGGCAUCCCCAAGAAAUUGGUAUCAAUAUCGACGUACUUUUCGUUUUCUAUAUUAAAUGGGAAUCAUUUAGCUUUUGUUUUGUUCCCUUAUGGGUAUCCCAUGAAUUUGUUUGAUUAUAAUUACUCAUCCGGGCCCUUGAGUGUUGAAUUUGAGAAUCAUACUGGGAUCGAUUCAUCAAGAUUCAUGUCUGUUAAAGUUAUGAAUGUUUCUUCUGUUAAUUUGGUGGUUAAUGGUAGUGAAAAAAUGCAAACUUGGAUCGAUUAUGAACCAGGGUCGAAACGUUUGGAGGUUAGAUUGAAUAGAUUUGGCAGCAAUCGACCUAUAGAUCCUUUGCUAUUUGUGCAAAAGGAUUUAUCCAAAAUCUGGCCUAAUGUUGAAGGGGUUUAUGUGGGGUUGAGUUCAUCAAAUGGGAAUUCUUCAGAAACCUGCAAGAUCGAUUCUUGGAAGUUUAAAGCAUACCGAGCUCCCGACUGGAUGCAUUCACAGCCAUUGGAUCCAACAGAAGAGAUUCAAAAACACGAGAUGAAGCUUCCUAAAGAAAGUGAUUGUGUUAUGAAGAUUCUUGCAGCAUUGAUAACUGGGAUUGGAUUUGGGUGUUUAGGUACAUUACUUGUGAUGUUUAUGUGGACUGUUUUUGGGAAUAGAAGGCCGGUUAUGCCUGAAGAGUUUGCAGUGAAAUCUUUGCAAGAAGAUGAGCACAAGAAACUGAAGAUUGUUCUUGAUGAAGCUUGUGCAAAUGAGAAUUAG